UAACAAAUGAGGCUCCACAAAUUGUUUUAUGACUGGGAUUGUCCAAAGAGCGACAGGUCGACCCGCUUUACCGAACCGCACGGACAACACGACUAACGGUUUGCCACAGUAUAUGUCAGUAUGAGAUGUCGUCCCUCAGUGCUAACUUUGUUCAGAUUCGAUUCGAUGACAUCCGCUUCUAUGAGAACUGCGGUGGAGGGAGUUUUGGGAGCGUGUACCGGGCACACUGGAUCUCUCAGGACAAAGAAGUGGCGGUCAAAAAACUGCUGAAGAUCAACGAUGAGGCCGAGAUUCUCAGUGUCCUGAGCCACAAAAACAUUAUUCAUUUCUAUGGAGCCAUUCUGGAAGCACCUAACUAUGGCAUUGUUACAGAAUAUACCAGCAGAGGAUCACUGUAUGAAUAUUUGUCCAGUGUUGACAGUGAGGAGAUGGAUAUAGGUCAAGUAAUGACCUGGGCGAUGGACAUUGCUAAAGGAAUGCAUUAUUUACAUGCUGAGGCCCCAGUGAAAGUCAUUCAUAGAGAUCUGAAGUCGAGAAAUGUUGUGUUAACUGCAGACAAUGUAUUAAAGAUCUGUGAUUUUGGGGCUUCUAAGUUGGUUUCUCAUACAACACACAUGUCUCUGGUGGGCACCUUUCCUUGGAUGGCCCCAGAAGUGAUCCAGAGCUUGCCAGUUUCGGAGACCUGUGACACCUACUCUUAUGGUGUGGUAUUGUGGGAGUUGCUGACUAGAGAAGUGCCAUUUAAAGGUUUCGAGGGAUUGCAGGUGGCCUGGUUGGUUGUAGAAAAGAAUGAGAGGCCGACCAUUCCCAGCAGCUGCCCUGCCAGUUUUGCCGAUCUGAUGAGAUCCUGCUGGAUCACAGAACCCAAGGAAAGGCCACAGUUUAAAAUGAUCCUGAGCACCCUGGAGACCAUAAAAAAUGACAGCAAGCUGCCUGACCAGUGCAACUCCUUCUUACAUCACAAAGCUGAGUGGAUGUGUGAGAUAGAGGAGACUCUGGAACGCUUGAAGCAGCUGGAGAGGGAGUUGAGCUGUAAGGAGCAGGAGCUGGCCCAGAGAGAAAGGAGACUGACAGAGUGGGAGAACAGGCUCAUGGAAAGAUCUCGAUCCUACACUCCCCUGUUUUCACACAUAUCCCCCAUGGCUGCCACUCUCAGGGCCGAGUCCUUCUAUGAGGCUCACAUGGAGGAGAGCAAAAGCUCAGAGGUCAGCUGCCAGAUCUCAUCAACAUGCCAUAAUGGAGAUCAGGGUCAGGCCAACCUUCAGAAUCUCAUGCUUGGGUUCGGCAGUGUGUUUGACCUGGAUGUAAAUGUUUCUGAUGGUUACUUCGUCUGCAAGUCAGGAAUGCAGGUGAACAUGCAAGCCAAAAUCUCCAAGUACUGCAGUGUCCGUGAGGGGCGCAAACUAAACAUGGCCAUCACCAUGGAUGACUUUGGCUGGUCCGACGAAGACAGCGAUUAGUGGAGGGCAAAAGGAGGUGGUAGGGUAUGCUCAGAGCCAGUCCAAGGUAACAAAUCUAGAGUCAGAGCUAGUAAAAAUAUAUUUUAACAGCUGGAAUUAUUGAUUUGUCAAAGGAAUAGUUCACCCAAACUGACAUUAUUUACUCUCAUGUUGUUAACUAAACCAGUAUAUGAGGGCUCAACGCUACGGAUGUUUUCGCUACGCAUAGGCUAGUGCUUCAGACUUUUACUUGCCCUGCCAAAAGUAUCACUGGCCCUAAAACAAAAAUGAAAAUUAGCUGAUACAUCAUGGCUUAAAAAUA